CGCUUAAAAGAGGGGGCUGUGCCUGUUUUGUUUGCCUGGAAUGACUACUCUCUACCGGCAGCCAGACCAAGCGUCUGGGAGAGAACACAACGGCCAGAGAAUGAAGUCACUGAAGAGGUAAGCAUGGAUGUUGAAGUGUUGCUUCAGUGCCACGAUUACGAUGCCAAGCCAGACCCAUCAGCAUUGGAUAUGGCUUGUGAGAAAAUAGAGGCGCAACAGCAGGUGAUUGAAGAACUGCAAAAGAGGCUGGAAGAGGUUACACUGAAGCAGUCAUUUGGUUUGGAGAGGUUUUCAUCAUCGGACGAUGACAUCAGAUUCUAUACCAGAUUUGCCAGCUACCGCCAUCUACAAGCAUUUUGGAGAAUGAUUGAACCUGUAACUAGGAGAAUUGUGCGUGUUGGUACACGGACAUCCACUUCCAACACAGCUGGAGCACCUCGUCGACCGAGCCGAUGCCUUCCACUGAUCGAUGAACUGUUCCUCUUCUUGGUUUACCUGUCGCUGGGUCUGAAGGAGAAGGAUCGGUUCAACAUUCAUCAGUCCACCGUCAGCAGGAUCAUAAAGACUUUUUUAUAUACUUUACUGGGUGCUGUCGGAAUAUGGAUGUCUCCUGAGGACAUUAGAGCCACAAUGCCGAGUGUGUUCGGCAAAUACUCUGACACCCAAGUUAUCGUUGAUUGUACUGAGCUGAAAUGUCAGACACCUUCAUCUUUACUCUUACAGAGUGAGAUGUAG